UUCCAAGUGCCUGCGUAUCAAGCGCACUAAGCAACCUGAGUAUCAUAGAACUCAUCUCCCAAAGCCCUGGAAAGCUGAAACACAAGCUGGGAGAAAUCUUCUAACGUUGAUCGAAAGCAGGAGUUUGUGUUCUAUUUGAACUACCACCUAUCAUGCAUUUGAAAGAGGGCUGCACGUUACUGCUAAAAGUCCGGAAGCCUUCGAUACCCGUCAUCCUGAAUACAAAUGUGAUUUAUGACUGUAAACAAGACACCAGCUCAAAUGUUACAGUUCUAAAGGAGUUUGAUGUUCUUAGGAGGCUAAAACAUGAGAGGGACAUCACCAUAUCCUUGGGAUAUUUCAAGUCAGUGGCUGACUCAAAGGCCUUCAAACACACCUCUCUCACGUACCAAAUGAUGAUCGAGAAGCUUGGGAGGGAGAAUCAAAUGGAUGGGGUUCAGUACCUUCUGCAGCAAAUGAAGUUGGAUGGCAUCAGCUGCUCGGAAGACAUUUUCACUAGCGUCAUGAAUUAUUACAAGCAAGCUGGUGCCGCCGAGCUAGCCCUGAAAACAUUCUACCGAAUGCAGGAUUUCGGUUGCAAACCAACGGUGAAGAUUUACAACCACCUUUUGGAUGCUUUGCUUUCUGAGAAUAGAUUUCAGAUGAUCAAUCCCAUCUACAACAACAUGAAAAAAGACGGAAUAGAGCCCAAUGUGUUCACGUAUAACAUUCUUUUGAAGGCAUUGUGCAAGAAUAACCGGGUCGAUGCUGCAUGUAAGUUGCUUGUGGAGAUGUCGAAAAAGGGGUGCUCUCCUGACGAGGUUAGUUAUACGACUGUAGUGACUGCUUUAUGUCAGCUUGGCAAGUUGGAGGAAGCAAGAGAGCUUAUGAUAGAAUUCACCCCCACCUUGCCUACCUACAAUGCGCUAAUAAAUGGAUUUUGCCAAGAAUUCAAAAUUGGAGAUGCUUUUCUCUUGAUAGAUGAAUUGAUGAAUAAAGGAAUACGCCCAAACGUGAUCACAUAUACAACAAUUGUUAAUGUUCUUUGCACGGUGGGGGACAUGAAACUGUCACUUGCCAUUUUGGCCCAAAUGCUUGUAAGAGGUUGCAGUCCGAAUAUCCUCACGUUUACAUCCUUGAUGAAGGGGUUUUUUGGGGAAGGAAACGUGUAUGAAGCUCUCGGCAUGUGGGAUCAAAUAGAAGAGGAUGGUUUCAUGCCCAACGCCGUUGCUUACAACACCCUCAUACAUGGUCUUUGCUCAAACGGGAAUUUUAGCAAAGCUGUAUCUGUUUUCAACAGAAUGGGAAAAAGCAGCUGCCUGCCAAAUGCGACAACCUAUAGUACUCUUAUAGAUGGUUUCUCAAAAGCAGGAGACCUGGAAGGUGCUACUGAGAUAUGGAACAGAAUGAUGGGCAGCGGUUGUCAUCCGAACGUUGUGGUGUACACCUGCAUGGUGGAUGUCCUUUGUAGGAACUCCAUGUUUAACCAAGCCCAGUCUCUUAUAGAGAAAAUGUCACUGGAAAACUGCCCUCCAAACACGGUGACGUUUAAUACACUUAUUAAAGGCCUAUGUGACAAAAGAAGAACAGAUUGGGCCAUGAAUGUGUUGCAUGAAAUGAAGAAAAAAGGGUGUCUGCCAAAUGUCACUACGUACAAUGAACUGUUGGAUGGGCUCUACAAAGAAGGCAACUUCGGAGAUGCCUUUCAACUUGCGAAUGAGAUGUCGGAAAGAGGAAUCAAGUUGAAUCUGGUGACCUAUAACACUGUUAUUUACGGCCUCUGUUGUGUUGGUAUGAUCAAUGAUGCAUUGGCAUACUUGGGAAAGAUGUUGGUGAAGGGAAUUCAGCCUGAUAUAAUCACCUUUAACUCCAUGAUCCAUGCCUACUGUAAGGAAGGUGAUGUUAGAACUGCCAUUCGAUUUAUGGGUGAAAUGCCUGCACAAGGAUGCUGCCCCGAUGUGGUUACGUACACUAGUCUAAUAUAUGGACUUUGCGAACGGUAUGGUUUAGAAGUUGCAAUGGUUUAUCUUCUUAAGAUGCUGAAUGAAGACAUUUCUCCCAAUGUUGCAACAUGGAAUGUUUUGGUGCGUGGUGUUUUUAGCAAUAUAGGCUCUUCUUUGCCGGUUUGUAGGGUAGGUGACAUUUUGGGUAAUGGAUAGGAGUCAAGGACUUCUAAAUGUUUCAGGAUUUUCUAUGGGAGAUUUGCCUGAUCUUUGAAGCCAGGGAAUUGAAUACGAUAAAUUGAGAAUUGGGUCUUUGGGAUGGACCAGAUUCUGUGAAAUUUUGGUGCGGCAAUUGGAUUCGGCUGUUUUUCAGCAUUUGGGUUCCAAGGAUUUGCAUUCUGUUUGAUGUUUGGCAUGAAGUAUUAAUGACUGACAUCUUUAGAAGGGGGGCUUGCUUAUGCAUUCCAAACAGUUGCGAUGUGGAAUCCGCCCAUCAUCUCCUUAUUUAUUGUUUGUUUGCAUACGCGUUGUGAACUAGUUUCUUUUCGUUGUUUGGGCAUCAAAUGGCCAGUGAUAGAGAAGUUGAAAGAGGUGAUGGAGAGUUUGUUCUCCGGCCCUUUCAAUGUUAGACACGGAAUGUUGUGGGAGCUCCUCCCCUUUGCUGUGUGCUUGGGAGGCCUGGAAUAUGAGGAACUGAUGCAUACUCUAAAAACAAGGAGUCAUUAGUGCUAAGAAAUCAAGUCAAAUCUUCAUUCGUGGGCACUCAACUGUAGGUUUUUUUGAAGGUAGGUCGGGGGCAGGGCUGUUCAAAAGUUGCAGAAAGCAGAUCUGGAGCAAGCAGGUUUUAUUGUUGGUUCAGAUCAUUCAGGUGGAUCUGUAGAUUCUUUUUUUUUAAUAGGGUAUUCAGUACAGGAGGGUUCCUCUGGGACAAAAGUGGGAAGAUGAUUUUAUUUUUAUUUUCUCUUGAGGCUGGCAAAAAUGGACUCCAUGAUUGAGGCAGCAGCAAUGGCUCUCCCCGGGAGAUAUAAGAUCAAUCCAAAAUCAGUUUCAACAGCAGCAAAAGGUUGGAGGGGGGCUGAACAUUCUAUUGCUGUCUUGGCCUGUGGAUCAAAUGCGGUGUAUGAUCUAGCGCUUGCAGUUGCCUUGCCAUAUCUAGUUCUAAUGACUUUUAUUUUAUUUUUUUGUUAUCUUUCCUCUGGGGAGAGUGUUUGGCAUGAACUGAUGGAAUUUCAUGAUUUAAGACAUGGAGAGUUGGAGCCAAUUUACAUCUC